CGAAGAAGAACAAUUCUGGUUUUUGGUUUUUAUCAGAAAACCUGCAAAAACAUUGAAAUUGAUAUUCAAAAAGAAUAAGUGUUGUGUAUAUGCUCAGUUGAGACUUAACAUUCGCCUAAACAACUUGGACGAUGGGCAACGUGAAUGGGUUUUUCGAUUGAAAAGUAAACACCGUCCACACACAUAUCGUAUGAAGUUAAAGUUUUAUUUCAUUUUGAUAAUCGAUUGAUAAAAAGUAGUGUCAGUUAGAUUGAGUUUGUGAUUCAGUCAAGAAUAACGUGUUUAGAUUCAAGAAUAAUAAUAAAAUAACAACAACAACAAAAAACACGAACGAAGAAUAUUUUGUUUACAACGAUGUUUGGUGUAGGCGUCAUUUAUGGUGUGCUUGGAUGCCUUGUGUUAACGGACGCGCAACAAUACUACAAUCAGGAUGACUACUACAAACAAUAUCCCCAAUAUACGAAAAACGGUUAUCAUGGCUAUUCAACACCGUCGGGAGUCAAUUCGAAUGCUAAUAGUGUACAAGUCAUUGAAGUUUCGAUACCGAAUCUAUCAGACUUAACCGGAGCUCUUGGCAUUAGCAAAUCAGACCAAAGUGUAAUAUCGGGUGUAAUAAAGCAAUAUCUCUCAACGUCGCAGACUGACACACCGUACACCUUUUCGAUUCAUGCUUACAACGACAAAAAGUCACCACAGACCAAUUCACAAAAUUUAUAUGGCACCCAAGCAACGAUUAAUUCUCAAUCGCAAUAUAACCAACCUAACUAUCAACAACCGAACUAUUAUCAGCAGCAGUCUUCAUACGAUUAUAACAAUUAUAAUUAUAAACAGCAGCAGCACCAAAGGGAGGUCGCAAUUUAUGAACAAAAGUUGAGAGAUUAUUACGCUAAGUAUCCGUGGACCGCUCCUCAGCCAGCUACUACAACUGCUUCCCCUCACGUUCAAGGCGAAGUAAUCAAGCCGAACGAAAUCAUACCUUCAAACCCCGAACCAAUACCAGACGGUGGUAAAUCACUUGCUGAAUUGCUACUAGAGAAUCUUGGAACCACAGAAGAACCUACUCCAAAUAACCAACCAAGCGAUGGAAAAUCGCUGCUAGAAUUGCUGAACGAACAGAAUGGUAAGCAACCAUCAGACGAACAUCAAACCACUACUACGACGACAAGCGCUCCGAAGAAAUCUCUUGACGAUCUGAUUGGUAACGUGUUUACCGAAAAGCCACAUACCACCACUGAAGAGCCUCCGAAACAAGAGGGCGGCAAAAGUUUAUUUGAACUUUUGGCGGAUCUAGAACCUCCAGAGUCUUCGGACGAGGUUAAAACAAAAUCUGAUGUUGCUGGUGGUGAUUAUGGCCUAGACGUCCGGAAUGAUGACAGUAAGGUGAAACGAACCAAACGACACAUUUUACGUGAAGGUUUGCGUCGAAUUACAGAGCGGAUAUCUAACUUUGGGAAGAGCAACAGUGAAAGACAUACACGGGAUCACGACUGCAAUCAUCACGAGGGACGUUCUCAUCAUUCCCAUACGAAUCGUAAGCAUCAAAAUCGUGACGAGGAUAGUGACGGUGAAAGUGAUGAUGAAGGUGACGAUAAUCGAAAUGGAUUUAUUGAAAACCAUAGGCAUGACAAGCAUAAAGGCAGACGCCCCACAGAUUUUGAAAAUGAUGGUCACGGACAUGACCAUUCUCUCUAUCCACAUCCGCACCAGCAUCCUUAUCCACAUCCUCACCCACAUCCCCACCCACAUCCUCAUCCUCAUCCACAUCCCAAUACUGAUUACGAUCAGCAGGAAGAGAAUAAGUUCCAACAGAACGGAAAGCCACGACCAUCUAUUGAUAAUGAAAAACCAUCCAAUCAAGAUGCUCCACACGAUCAAGUUAUUCAAACAAGUCGAAAGCCACAUUUCGUUGAUGCGGGAACUCAAACUGAUGCAGUUGCCACGACGAAUACAGACGAUAAGGAUGUCACUCUUGAUAUUGACAUUCGUGGAGGAUUUGACGGAACAAGAAGAAAGCGCCACAGUGUAAAACGUUCUCGCCGGUCACCAGACGACGAAGGAUUUGUUUUCCAGGAUGACAGCGAGCCAGCUGCACCGAAAGAUGAAGUAAAGACCGACGAUAAAGAGAAAAAUGACGAGGCAGUGACCGAGUCAGCUGAGCCCGCUGAUGAAAAUGCAACAGAAAAAGAGGGAGAAGAAGGUGGCCUCGACAAUAGGUUCGGAUUUUUCGGCGGUGGCUUCAACAGGCAACCUGGAAGACGACCGAUCGCAAAUUUAAUAGGCGGAGUAGUGAAUAGUUUUCUCGGCGGUGUUGCUGGUGGUGAUCCAUAUAAUCGAGCGCCGCCACCGCAGCCAUAUUAUCCUGAUCCGUAUGGUCAACAGCAAUAUUAUGGAAAUUAUCCGCCGCAGCAACCUGUUCACAUUCAUAUCAAUAAUGUUGCAAAUGCGAAUGCACAAAGUCAAACAACGAACGCCGGUCCUGGCCCGUUCGGUCCACAUGGUUCGAAUCAGAAUGCAGCUGCUAAUGCUCAGUCGGAAAAUCAUCAAAAUCAAUUCGGUUCAUUCCAAAAUGCCGGUGCAUCUGGUCAAGCAUCGAACUUAGCUGGUGAUGGAUCAUCGGGACAAUUGAGCGCUGCCAAUGCAAUGAACCAAAACUAUCAAAACGAAUUCGGUUUUGGCAGCAAAAAUACAGCCCAAGGUCAGGCGGCGAAUUUCGAUAAUCACGGCAAUUUGGCCUUAACAUCUAGCAACAGUGGUACGAACCAGUUUGUCGACCAGUUUGGCGUGCACGACGAAACAAAUAGUGCCGCACAGUCGAGUCUACAGGGCCAAUUCGGUACGCAAAAUAGUGGUGCCCAAUCGAAUACCUAUCAAGGUCCGAACGGAUCUGGUGCCUCGGCAUCGAGUCAGGCGUCAAGCAUAAACAGUGGACAUGGUGGACAUGGAUCGCAAAACAGUGGAGCUAGUGCGGCUGCUAACAGUGGCAAUGUCGGAGGAAAUUCGUUCGGCAAUGCACAGAGUAACACAUAUACAAACGAUCAAUGGGGAUGGUGAGUGUGGGCGGGAAGACUGGAGUUCGGCAGUUCUUUUGGGAAUAUAAAAUCUACAAAUCGGAAGUUUAGGUAAAAUUUCGACGAAUAACGACAUUGGUUUGCAGAUUUUAUACUCACAAUUUAGACUAUGAAUGCAAAUGAUGGCAUUGAAGGAGAACUUUUAAAUUAUCAUUUCUUUGACGACGCAACGAAAGCAGCAAUUUUUUGUAAAAUGU